UGUUUUUAGAAAAUCAAGAUUUCAUUGGUGUCAAAGAACAUAUUGAUAUUAUUUACCGGUACAAUUUUUAUUUUUUCUAUUUUGCAUAAUAUUUGCUGCUUUGAUGCGGUGGAUAAUCAGAAAACACCCUGAGAACACUAAGUAAAUUAUGAGAAGGUGUUCCAAGGUCAAAGUUUCGCAAUCUUCUGAGAGAAAUAUAACAUUUCACUAGUCUAAGUGUUGUAACGUGUUUUCUUAGCGUAGGUAUACAGUUACAGUAUAUCAGUGGCACAUAGAUACAACCAAUUGAGAACUUAUGUGAUGCUAACAUGGGGCUACUUACAUUUCUGAAGCGAAACAAAAUAUUAGCAGUUACAGCUCCCAUGGUGAUUGCCAUUCAUUACGUCUGGUACAAUUUACAGUACGAUUCUACAUUUGUUUCUGAGGACGCAAGGAGGAUUACCUUAUUUGGACUUCACUUGGAUAAGGAACGCUUUGGAGAGAUAGAAAAGAAAGAAGAUUAAUAAAUAAUACAUUGCUAUUUGCCAGUAUAAAAUUUAAUUCAAGAUCAAACAUGGGGGUAUUUAAGAAUAUGUGGAUGCAGGCUUCUAUGUUUACAGUACGUCACAAGUUUAUUUCAUUGGUUGUCAUUGUUGGGGCUUGUUACAUUAGCACAAUUCAGUUGACAGAAGCAAAGGUACCAAGCAUCUCUGAGAGAAUCAAGGAAGAAAUGGACAUUAAUCAAAAGACAUCUGAAGAGUUAACGAAAUGAAGUAUACUGAUGUUAAGAAAUGGGUGCGGUCGCACAAGCUUGCGGCAGUCCUUAUAGGCAUAGGUAGCAUCCAUGCAACUCUUUACACAAUGCAAAAGCUAAUCAAAAUAAACACUCAUCAGAAAAAGACUGAUAUUAGAAACUUAAAAUAGAAUAUUGUAUUUUUACGAGUGCACAUAGAACUGAAAAACUGUAAAAAUUGAACUAUUGUAAUGCCAGGACAGUGAAUUCAUCAACAAAAUAUUUAUCAUAAUUGCACUCCAAAAUGUCUUCUCGAGUGAAGAAAGAUAAAAAACAAACUUCAUCCAUAGAUUUUCUACCAUUACACAAUAAAGGAACUCUGGAGGCAGUUAGGAUCCUAAGGGAUAUAGCCAGAGAAUCUUAUGGACCAUUUGGAAAAUUAAAUAUGGUUCAGAAUACAAUCGGAGGACAUGUAACUGUGACAUCAUCAUCGAAUCGACUUUUUCAAGCAAUAUCUGUGUCUGAUGUAAUUGUGAAGUUAAUUACAACUUCAUUGCAAGGUCACGUUGCCACACAUGGAGAUGCGGGAUUGUGGGGUACAAUAAUGGCAAUUAACCUCAUAGAGAAGUCUCCAAUUGAGAAUACACAUCCUCAUCUCCUUGUAGAUAUCUAUGAAAUGCUACUACAGUAUUCAAUGGACUUCUUGAAGUCUCCAGAAUGCCCUGCUGUGUUAGACAUUGACAUAAGUGAUAUGAACACAAUGAGAGAUGUGAUUCGUUGUGUAGUGAACUCUAAACCAGCAUGUGGAUUACUGGAGUAUGAACAGGAUAACAUAUGUAGCAUAAUCCUGGAGGCAUUUCUGAAAUCAAUACCAAGCAGCUGUGAUAACAGUUUGAAGUUCUUCUCAGUGAAUUUCGUAAGCAUGGAAGGUUUAGGAGCAAACAAUAUGAAACUUUAUGAUGGAGUCUUACUUGAAGCACCAUCUAUACCAACAUACUUGAAAAACCCACUUAGUUACCUUAACCUGCCUGUUUCUGAGAUCCCUGUUGCCAUAGUAACCACGUCGAUGGGUGGAGACUCUGAGGAUUUCUUGGAUAUUAAAUAUGAAUCAGGGGAGCAAACUGAUGGACAUGCUUUAGUAUUAGACACCAUUUUGAAAGGACUCGCUAACAUGGUCCAGAGUUCAGUCAGGGUCUUGAUUUGUCAGAAGGUGGCCCACCCUAGAGUUAAAGCCUACUGUACAGAGCAAGGUGUGAUGCUACUAGACCGUCUAGGCAUUUCUCAUAUGGAAAGUCUGUGUCAACUUACAGGAGCUAGAAAAAUCAGUAGCUUCAGUUCAUACAUAGAUGAGGGAUUAUAUGGGAGCAUUGAUAGUGCGAAUCACCUUGUGAUGGCUGGGAAGUCCUACGUGCACCUAACUAGAACUCAGUCUGGUGUCACCACUGUCCUCCUGGCAGGGCGGAGGGAAGAAGCACUUAACGAAUUGAAGGUUGUUUGUGACACUGCUUUGAGGUCACUUCGCCAGUUGCUAUGGCAACCCAAGAUGCUAUAUGGAGGUGGUUGCUGGGAAACUAUUCUGUCUGCUCAUAUCAACUAUUUGAUAUCUAGUAAAAUGUCUGAACUGACAGAGCAGCUAGGCUGUUCAAGGCACCAGCUUAGGCAGGCAGCUGAGGCAUUUACACACUCUUUACAUGAUAUUGCAAUGGCAACAAGUGACACGAAACUGAACCAUAAACUGGACAUGAAGUAUGGACACCAUUGGAUAGCAGAGAAUGGAAACGAUGAUUAUGCAUCAUGUAUGUGUGGCGCAAUUACUAGGGACAAUGCCUUGGUUUUUAAAAUGUUGGGAAAUCUUGGAAUCAUGGAUAUCAAUUCAGAUACAGCACCAGAAAAGGCCAUUGACAUUGAGGAUGGUAGAAGAAUGUUGCUAGACAAUUUGCCUGCACAUUUGGGUGCACUUUUGAUGGCAGUUAAUACAGCAUCUGCCAUCCUGAAGAUACACUGUAUUGUAAAGGAUAGAAACUGACAAACUUAUUAUCAAAAAGAUUUACCAUGGUUAUCAUGCUAUUCCAUGCUUCGUCUUGGAAUUAAAUUAUUUUUUUUCAUUUGCAUAACAUUUUUUCAAAUAUGGCUAUGAUGCAUUUUAAGUUGACUUUGUUGAUAAUUUCACAUGUUCCUCAAAAACAUUUGUAUGUAGAUAAAACUAUCAGAAUUAAAAAAUAUGAUUUAACAAUAAAUACCAUGUUUAAGAAUUAAGAAAUAUGAUAAAUAAAUAUUAUGUUAAUGAAUUCACAUAAA